GGCUCGUCAGUUGGACACAAGUCACGAUGAGGACGGCACGCGUCCGCGUUGCCCCUCGCAGUCACCGCAAACACGCCGCGACGUAAACAUAAAACAGUGAAGUGAACAUGUAUCGUGCUGUCUUAGAACUUUGACAACCAAUAGCAUAAAUCAAUUUGUAAAUAAAGACAAAUGUGUGUGAAAAAUGUUACUGUUGCUGACUUUUUUGUUAGUGACUUUGGAUUGUAAUGCAGCGUAUGCAUCGAAAGUUGACACAAGUAACUGUAAGAGUGAGAAUAAAACUAUAGUAUGUAGUGUACGAAUUCUUGAAACGAAUGGAUCUAGCUUAGCAGCUACUUCUGCUGAAUAUUCAAGGCGAUUAUUUGUCGAAUGUAACCAGCUGCUUUUGUUUGAAAGCCAUUUAGUAGCAAAUUAUUUUCAAAGAUUUUCGAAGCUCGAAGAUUUAGCAAUACAUAACUGCAAAUUACUUAGAAUACCAGGCAACGCAUUCGAAGGAUUACGUGAAUUGAAAAAGUUGUCAAUUCGAUCAAAAAACUAUGAUUGGAGUUCGAAUAAAAACCUAGAUCUCUCUCUAGGAACAUUCAAUGGAUUACGUGAAUUACAGUCGCUAGAUUUGGGUGAAAAUAAUUUAAAAGUGAUACCAUCUGAUGUAUUUUGCCCGCUGCACAAUUUGCAAAAACUAAAUUUAACAAACAAUAAAAUUAAAAACAUUGAUCGUAUUGGAUUGGGAAAUAAUUGUGGACUGGAUAUUUUAAGUUUGGAUUUAAGCUACAAUGAACUGAAAACUUUGAACGAGGAUUCUGAAAUAGCAGCACUUCGGAGACUUCAAGAGUUGAGGCUACAAAAUAAUAAUAUAAGUGAUAUUUCCGGUGAAAUUUUUAAUGGACUUGUAUCGUUGAGAAUUCUAAAUGUUUCUCACAAUAAUCUUCAAUUUAUACCUGAAGGAACAUUUUCCAACACGAAGGAAUUACGUGAAAUAUAUCUAAAUGAUAAUCAAUUAUUCGAGCUAGGUAGGGGUGUGUUUCAUCGGUUAGAACAAUUGUUUGUGCUAGAUUUAUCAAAUAAUCAACUUUCCAGUGCACACAUCGAUGGUGGAACAUUUGUAGGACUUAUAAGAUUAAUAAUUUUAAAUUUGUCAAAUAAUGCCUUAACGCGUAUAGAUAAUAAGACGUUCAAAGAUUUGUUUGUUCUUCAAAUAUUAGAUCUAAGAAAUAACUCAAUUGGAUAUAUCGAAGAAAACACAUUUUUGCCCUUGUAUAAUUUACAUACGCUAAUCUUAGCCGAGAAUCGUUUACAUACUAUCGAUGAAUUGUUAUUCAAUGGUUUAUUUGUCUUAAGUAAGCUUAAUUUAAAUAAUAAUUUAUUAGUUAGCAUCGAUCCCAAAGCUUUUAAAAAUUGUUCGGAUUUAAAAGAGUUAGAUUUGAGUUCGAAUCAAUUAUUAGAAGUUCCUAAAGCUAUUUGGGAAUUAUCCCUCUUGAAAACUUUAGAUCUUGGAGAAAAUUUAAUAACAGAUAUAAAAAAUGGGUCAUUCAAAAACUUGGAUCAAUUAACAGGCUUAAGAUUGAUUGAGAAUCAAAUUGGAAAUUUAACAAAAGGUAUGUUCUGGGACUUGCCAAGUCUUCAAGUGCUAAAUUUAGCAAAAAAUAAAAUUCAAGCUAUUGAAAGAGGUUGCUUUGAGCGUAAUAAACAGUUAGAAGCUAUUAGAUUGGACAGAAAUUUUAUAGUCGACAUUAACGGUGUAUUUUCAUCUGUUCUAAGUUUAUUGUGGCUGAAUUUGUCAGAGAAUCAUUUAGUGUGGUUUGAUUACGCAUUCGUGCCUAGUAAUCUUAAAUGGCUUGACAUUCAUGGCAAUUAUAUUGAACAUUUAGGUAACUAUUACAAACUUCAAGGUGAAAUAAAGAUAACAACUUUAGACGUGAGUCGUAAUCGUAUUACGGAAAUAUCGCCUUUAGUUAUUCCGAAUAGCGUAGAAGUUUUAUUUAUAAAUAACAAUCGCAUUACAAAUGUUCAAGUCAACACUUUUAUGGAUAAACGUAAUUUGACAAGAGUUGAUAUGUAUCAAAAUUACUUAACGCAUUUAGAUCUCAAUAGCCUUCGUUUGUUUCCGGUCUCAUUGAAUAAAUCACUUCCAGAAUUUUACAUAGGGGGAAAUCCGAUCGAUUGCGACUGCUCAAUGGAAUGGUUGCCUAUGAUAAAUAAUAUGACUACUUCUAGACAGUAUCCUAGAAUCAUGGACUUAGAAAACGUUAUAUGUAAAAUGACGCAUACGAGAAGUGUCACGCAUAUAACAUUAAGUAAUUUAAAAGCCACGGACUUUUUGUGUCCUUACGAAACACAUUGUUUCACGCUCUGCCAUUGCUGCGACUACGUAGCGUGCGACUGUCAAAUGACAUGCCCCAAUAAUUGCUCUUGUUACCAUGACCCAACAUGGCAUACCAAUGUAGUAGAUUGUUCUGCCCAAAAAGCAGUUGAUUUACCAGAAAAAAUACCUAUGGAUGCUACGGAGGUUUACUUAGAUGGAAAUAAAUUUAAAGAAUUGCAAAAUUAUGCAUUCAUAGGUAGAAAAAACAUGAGAUCUCUUUAUGUAAAUUCGAGCGAAGUUGAGAGCAUACAGAACAGAACAUUUGCUGGUUUAUCUUCUCUUGUCAUAUUAAAUCUCGCAAAUAAUAAACUCACUCAUUUGUAUGGUUACGAGUUCGAAUAUUUGUCGCAACUGAAUGAACUAUACUUGCAAAAUAAUUUUCUAAGAUAUAUAAGUAAUACGACAUUCUCUACAUUAUAUUCAUUGAAAAUCUUAAGAUUAGAUGGCAAUAAAUUAGUUGACUUCACGAUCUGGAGUCUGGGUAUUAAUAGAAAUCUUAAUAGUUUAGCAAUAAGCGAUAAUAUGUGGUCUUGCAAAUGUAGAUAUCUGCAAAGGUUUACAAGUUAUUUGUCCGAUAAUGUUGUUACGAUAAAAGACAUAACUAAGCUAUGGUGCUGGGAUGUAGAUAGUCCAAAACCACAGAAAGGUGGUUGCGGGGCGUACGGCGGGGGCAGCUUUGAGCACCGCUCUCGGCUAAAGUCGAAACACCUCGGCUCGACGGCUCGUCAGUUGGACACAAGUCACGAUGAGGACGGCACGCGUCCGCGUUGCCCCUCGCAGUCACCGCAAACACGCCGCGACAAAAUGUUACUGUUGCUGACUUUUUUGUUAGUGACUUUGGAUUGUAAUGCAGCGUAUGCAUCGAAAGUUGACACAAGUAACUGUAAGAGUGAGAAUAAAACUAUAGUAUGUAGUGUACGAAUUCUUGAAACGAAUGGAUCUAGCUUAGCAGCUACUUCUGCUGAAUAUUCAAGGCGAUUAUUUGUCGAAUGUAACCAGCUGCUUUUGUUUGAAAGCCAUUUAGUAGCAAAUUAUUUUCAAAGAUUUUCGAAGCUCGAAGAUUUAGCAAUACAUAACUGCAAAUUACUUAGAAUACCAGGCAACGCUUUCGAAGGAUUACGUGAAUUGAAAAAGUUGUCAAUUCGAUCAAAAAACUAUGAUUGGAGUUCGAAUAAAAACCUAGAUCUCUCUCUAGGAACAUUCAAUGGAUUACGUGAAUUACAGUCGCUAGAUUUGGGUGAAAAUAAUUUAAAAGUGAUACCAUCUGAUGUAUUUUGCCCGCUGCACAAUUUGCAAAAACUAAAUUUAACAAACAAUAAAAUUAAAAACAUUGAUCGUAUUGGAUUGGGAAAUAAUUGUGGACUGGAUAUUUUAAGUUUGGAUUUAAGCUACAAUGAACUGAAAACUUUGAACGAGGAUUCUGAAAUAGCAGCACUUCGGAGACUUCAAGAGUUGAGGCUACAAAAUAAUAAUAUAAGUGAUAUUUCCGGUGAAAUUUUUAAUGGACUUGUAUCGUUGAGAAUUCUAAAUGUUUCUCACAAUAAUCUUCAAUUUAUACCUGAAGGAACAUUUUCCAACACGAAGGAAUUACGUGAAAUAUAUCUAAAUGAUAAUCAAUUAUUCGAGCUAGGUAGGGGUGUGUUUCAUCGGUUAGAACAAUUGUUUGUGCUAGAUUUAUCAAAUAAUCAACUUUCCAGUGCACACAUCGAUGGUGGAACAUUUGUAGGACUUAUAAGAUUAAUAAUUUUAAAUUUGUCAAAUAAUGCCUUAACGCGUAUAGAUAAUAAGACGUUCAAAGAUUUGUUUGUUCUUCAAAUAUUAGAUCUAAGAAAUAACUCAAUUGGAUAUAUCGAAGAAAACACAUUUUUGCCCUUGUAUAAUUUACAUACGCUAAUCUUAGCCGAGAAUCGUUUACAUACUAUCGAUGAAUUGUUAUUCAAUGGUUUAUUUGUCUUAAGUAAGCUUAAUUUAAAUAAUAAUUUAUUAGUUAGCAUCGAUCCCAAAGCUUUUAAAAAUUGUUCGGAUUUAAAAGAGUUAGAUUUGAGUUCGAAUCAAUUAUUAGAAGUUCCUAAAGCUAUUUGGGAAUUAUCCCUCUUGAAAACUUUAGAUCUUGGAGAAAAUUUAAUAACAGAUAUAAAAAAUGGGUCAUUCAAAAACUUGGAUCAAUUAACAGGCUUAAGAUUGAUUGAGAAUCAAAUUGGAAAUUUAACAAAAGGUAUGUUCUGGGACUUGCCAAGUCUUCAAGUGCUAAAUUUAGCAAAAAAUAAAAUUCAAGCUAUUGAAAGAGGUUGCUUUGAGCGUAAUAAACAGUUAGAAGCUAUUAGAUUGGACAGAAAUUUUAUAGUCGACAUUAACGGUGUAUUUUCAUCUGUUCUAAGUUUAUUGUGGCUGAAUUUGUCAGAGAAUCAUUUAGUGUGGUUUGAUUACGCAUUCGUGCCUAGUAAUCUUAAAUGGCUCGACAUUCAUGGCAAUUAUAUUGAACAUUUAGGUAACUAUUACAAACUUCAAGGUGAAAUAAAGAUAACAACUUUAGACGUGAGUCGUAAUCGUAUUACGGAAAUAUCGCCUUUAGUUAUUCCGAAUAGCGUAGAAGUUUUAUUUAUAAAUAACAAUCGCAUUACAAAUGUUCAAGUCAACACUUUUAUGGAUAAACGUAAUUUGACAAGAGUUGAUAUGUAUCAAAAUUACUUAACGCAUUUAGAUCUCAAUAGCCUUCGCUUGUUUCCGGUCUCAUUGAAUAAAUCACUUCCAGAAUUUUACAUAGGGGGAAAUCCGAUCGAUUGCGACUGCUCAAUGGAAUGGUUGCCUAUGAUAAAUAAUAUGACUACUUCUAGACAGUAUCCUAGAAUCAUGGACUUAGAAAACGUUAUAUGUAAAAUGACGCAUACGAGAAGUGUCACGCAUAUAACAUUAAGUAAUUUAAAAGCCACGGACUUUUUGUGUCCUUACGAAACACAUUGUUUCACGCUCUGCCAUUGCUGCGACUACGUAGCGUGCGACUGUCAAAUGACAUGCCCCAAUAAUUGCUCUUGUUACCAUGACCCAACAUGGCAUACCAAUGUAGUAGAUUGUUCUGCCCAAAAAGCAGUUGAUAUACCAGAAAAAAUACCUAUGGAUGCUACGGAGGUUUACUUAGAUGGAAAUAAAUUUAAAGAAUUGCAAAAUUAUGCAUUCAUAGGUAGAAAAAACAUGAGAUCUCUUUAUGUAAAUUCGAGCGAAGUUGAGAGCAUACAGAACAGAACAUUUGCUGGUUUAUCUUCUCUUGUCAUAUUAAAUCUCGCAAAUAAUAAACUCACUCAUCUGUAUGGUUACGAGUUCGAAUAUUUGUCGCAACUGAAUGAACUAUACUUGCAAAAUAAUUUUCUAAGAUAUAUAAGUAAUACGACAUUCUCUACAUUAUAUUCAUUGAAAAUCUUAAGAUUAGAUGGCAAUAAAUUAGUUGACUUCACGAUCUGGAGUCUGGGUAUUAAUAGAAAUCUUAAUAGUUUAGCAAUAAGCGAUAAUAUGUGGUCUUGCAAAUGUAGAUAUCUGCAAAGGUUUACAAGUUAUUUGUCCGAUAAUGUUGUUACGAUAAAAGAUAUAACUAAGCUAUGGUGCUGGGAUGUAGAUAAUCCAAAACCACAGAAAAAAGAUCUUAAUCUCAAUGGAACCAUAUGCAGUGAUUAUUAUGCUGGUGACACGGGUAUGGAUAAUGUUUUAGUUUCAAAUUACGUUCCCAUGCUUGUAACUGCAUUUUCUGGAUUUUUGCUAAUAAUACUCGUUACCCUUGUGAUUUUCUUAUUUAGAGACACAAUACGUAUAUGGCUCUAUUCAAAUUGUGGAAUAAGAUUGUUUCCACUCACUGGAGCGUACGAUGACACUGACAAAUUAUACGAUGCUUACGUAUGUUAUAGCCCGAAGGAUGACGAUUUUGUUAUUCAAACUUUAGCGGCUGAAUUAGAAAAUGGGAGUCCAUCAUACAAUUUGUGCUUGCAUUAUAGAGAUAUACCUCAACAUGGUACUUAUAUGCAAUGUACUUUACCGCUCCCCGAGGCUGCAGAAGCCUCUAAGCGCAUUAUUCUCGUCCUAACUAGGAACUUUAUUCAAACUGAAUGGUCUCGAUUUGAGUUUAGGCAAGCGUUACAUGAAAUACUUAAAACUAGAAUUUAUACGUUGAUGAUAAUAGAAGAAAGUUCAGUUAUAACGGAGGCGGAAUGUGAUCCGGAUUUAAGACCGUAUUUAAAAACUAGUUCGAGAAUUAAAUGGGGACAGAACAAAUUUUGGGAAAAAGUGAGAUAUGCGUUACCCGAUAGAACGUAUCGAUCUAAAUCAUCUAGUUUAAGGCGUAAUAUUAAUUCUUAUAAUAUGCGUGGUGGCAUUCAGAACGGUACAAUGAGAUCUUUUUCGUUUGAUAAGAUGCGAGUUUCCGCUGACGGUGUGAAUGCAUCUCCUGAGUACGUAGAAAGCCGAUCACAUGUACAUACUCCAUAUGGCCCCGAUGGAAGGCCUCCUUCAGACCAUAUAUAUUCAUCAAUCGAUUCAGAUUAUUCUUCACUAGAAUUAGGGGGCAGUAAUGUAAAUCGAAGGAGGGAAUUCAGACAUUGGCCGCCGCCUCCUCCUAUAAUAGACACGCAACAAUCCGGUCAAGCUUACCUUGUCUAGUCUGCGCUUUGGUUUAUAUAAAUAUUUAGUCGAAGCUUCUUGUGUAAAUUGUAUCAACGUGCUUACCAAAUAAUUAAGAUUUCAACCUAUUUUUGUAAUUCUUAGAUAUAAAAUGGCGUUCUUUUCAUAUUAUUGUAAAUAAAUCCUAUAAGACUGCUGUAGAAUAUUAUGUGAAUUUGUAUAUAACGUGUAAAUAAAUAAAUGUCCAUAUUAAGUCACAAGUAUACCUAUUUAUAUACUUUAAUAAAGCCAUUGUGAUAAUUUUUGCAUAAAAUGUUAUUUUUGUUUCAUUGUAACCCUCAUAAACUCGGAGAUAAAGACAGAU